UAGUCCCCGACUUUAAUCCUGUCAUCGUUUGUCCUUGUCCAAACAGUCGCCGCUGUAGAUUCGGUGGAGAUAAGGUUCGUGGACGCUCCUCCUAAUAUGAUGCUGCUAUUCCUCUUGGAGUUUGUGGUCACGCGCCGCAGUCCGGUGUGCCGGGGAAAGUGCUUUUAUCAGCUCUUGUGAACAUCUUAGAAACGGACUUUCUUUAACUCUCGGUUGUGUCUUUGAUUGUCGUUUAUUUCUGCCUAUCCCUACUCUUUUUUUGUAGGCUAUUGGAAAACCGAAAACAGCGGAACUGAGCAUACCCGUUGAGGAGCCAAGGACCUUUGUAAAACCGUGGUCUGUCAGUGGUCAUUUUGGAAGGCUUCACAUUGGGUCGUGAGCGAUGAAACUUAAAAAAGUUUUGGAUCUUUUGUAUUUCCUCAUAAUUUUACUCCCCAAUACAACGUUUUGUCAAACAGUGCUGCCCCCAGAAUGUGCUCCGGGGGGUCACUCGCUGCUCCAGAACCCAUACCGCAGCACCAGUUUCAGCUCCCGCAGCCUGCAGCAGUCAGCCCUCCAGGACUUCAUCUGUGACCAUUCCCUCAUACCAGGCUGGUACCAGUUCCAGAUCUUUGACAAGCCCGCCAGCAUGCCCACACAAUGUGUGGAGGUGAACCACUGUGGGACCCAGGCCCCAGUCUGGCUGUCUCUGGGGGAGGGCGAGAGUCUUCCGCGGCCCCUGGAGGUGACACAGCUGACGGCCUGUGCCACCUGGCAGUUCUUCCUCAGCAGCAGUAAGGACUGCUGCCUGUUUCGCAUCCCUGUUACCGUGCGCAACUGUGGCGACUUCUACGUCUACCUGCUCCAGCCCACCCAGGGUUGCAUGGGCUACUGCGCACAGGAGGUGUCCGACUCUGCGGCGAGGGGGUGUCGUCCUGACGAGGUGGAGGUUGAUGGAGCAUGUAAAGCCAAACAGCCGCCUUCCCCAGCGGUACCUGUGAUAUUAGCAGAGCUCUCUGGGAGCAUCGUCUACCUGAAGUGCAGCUUCGAGGGCCAUAGCCUGAACAGCUCCCUAGGCUAUGUGGUUGCCUGGUCUCGCCUCUCCCCCCAAGGCAUCAAAGAGGAACUGAAACAGGAGACUACUGUCCAAACCGUUGCCUUCAUCGAGCUGGAUGGGAUCAACCUCCGACUGGGGGACAAGAUUUACUGCAGUUGCUCCAGUUUUUUCCUGGACUCGCCGGACAUCCAGGGAGCCCCAGCGGAGAGCGAAGAGUUCUUCGCCGGGAUCAGGUUGAGACCCGAGGUGACUACUGUGUCUGAGGAUGGGAAGGACUAUGAGUUGACUGUGGAGAGUACCAUCCCUGUCCCCUGUCCUGGCGAUGCCUCCUCCUCCACCACGUGUACUCUCUCCUUACACCUGAGUACAAACAAUCAAGGAGACAAUCUGCUGGGUCCAGACGUGGUGUUGUCGUCGUGCCGGGUGGAUCUCUCCCAGAGCCUGGGGUGUAGUAACGGGGUGUGUAGCCAGGCCCUGGUUCACCUCAGCGCGGUCACAGACUUCCUCAGGGACGGGGACAGGACGACACAGAUCUCUGUCAACCCCAUCGUCACAUCCAACUUCCUCUGGAGCGGCUACACACCACAGAGUGUCCAGAUCACAGUGACGGAUGUUCCCUCUGCAUACUGCUACUCUUUCACUGAUCCUCACAUCAUCACGUUUGAUGGCAGGCAGUAUGACAACUACCAGAUCGGGACGUUUGUGUUGUACAAGAGCACGAGGCAGCCGUUCGAGGUCCAUGUGCGCCAGUGGGAGUGUGGGAGCGUUGUCCACCACUCCUCGUGCACGUGCGGCUUCGUGGCAAGAGACGGCGGUGACGUCAUAGCCUUCGACAUGUGCAAUGGAGAGCUGGGGGACACCAGGCCGCACCUGUCGGUGAAGAACAGGGACGUGGGCAAGAGCGGCAUCCGCAUCACUGAGUCUUACCAAGGACGCAAAGUCACAAUGACCUUCUCGUCUGGGGCAUUUGUGCGUGCCGAUGUGUCUGACUGGGGCAUGAGUCUGACCCUGAGGGCCCCCAGCUCAGACUGGAGCCAAACCCAGGGUCUGUGUGGGACAUAUGACGGACAGACCCACAAUGACCUCCACACAGCAGGGGGCGCAGCGCUGGACAACGAAGACGUAGCAGCCUUCAUCUCUGAAUGGAAACUCCCUCCUGGUAGCAGCUUGUUUGACACCGUGACGUCCUAUCAGAGCGCCCCAAACCCUCACAGGUACUGUAACUGUGAAGAAGAGUCCCGCCCCACGUCCCCGCGAACCAGGUCUCAGGCAAUCCCUGGCUUCGACUCCUCCUGUUCUCACCACGGCAACGUGAGACUCCACAGUAUCAUCCCCACUCUGGAUGUCACCGCCGAAUACAACUCAGUAGAGCUGUUCAAAGGCCACCACGACCACCCCUCAUGGAACUCCAACCAGCACGGCCGGGCCGAGGACACCGGCGCCCAGCCUGUAGAGAGAGGCUCUACCCUAACAGGCUCCAGCCAUGGAGCCAACAACCAGAGGAGCCGUGGAAGGCGCCAGUCCUACCAGUUUCUUCCCAACACGCCGUACCAGGGCCUGAGCCAGUCCGAUCUGGAGGACUUCACCUACUUCUUCCCUGAGGACCACGAGCUGACUGCCCGGCCCGAGUCCUCCCCUGCCCCCACCUGGCCCACCCCGUCUGGGCUAACACAGCACCAGGCCAGGGUGCAGUGCCAGCGGGCGGUGGCUAAUUCCAGCAUGGCCCUGGGCUGCGGCCGGCUGUUAGGCCCGGCCAUAGUGAGCCAGGCGGUGGCUAUGUGUGUCAGCGACCUCCAGCUAAAGGACGACCAGGCCUGGGUGGGUGCUACUCUGCCUCUGCUUGAGAACGAGUGUGAGAGGAGGCUAGUGGAGGAGAGGGGGAGAGAGGGAGAGCACCAGGAGAUGUUGUCCUUCCUCAAGUGUCCUAAUCUAUGUAAUGGGAAUGGUCAGUGCUCCGAGUGGGGGUGUGUGUGCUUCCCCGGGUUCGGCUCCUACGACUGCAGCGUUAUCUCUGACCAGACUCCAGAAAUCACAGAGCUGGAGAAUGAGGGACUGUGUGAUGUCAGACAGAGUGACUGCUCCACUGUACAGGUCUUUGGACAAGGCUUCAAAAACUCCUAUGAACUCAAGUGUGAAUUUUUGAAGGAAAAGUUUGUAGAUGGUGAGUGGACCCUGGACGAGCCUCAGUUUUCCCUGGCUACCUUCCUGCAUGUGUCAGGUCUGGAGUGUCAGCUCCCCCUGGAGUACAGACAAGCCACUGCAGGCCUGGACAUGGAUACGCCCACCGACAGACCCCUGGCACGCUGGCAGAUCAAAGUGUCCAACGAUGGCUACGGUUACAGCAACGCCAAGAUCCUGACCCUGUUCGAUGGAGCCUGUCAGAUCUGCACGCUUAAUGCUGACGUUCUCUGUACAUCCAGGGAGAAAACAUGCAACAUUGACAGUGUGUGUUAUGGAGAGGGAGACCUCAAUCCCAGCAGCCCUUGCCUGAUAUGCCGACCAGACUCCUCCAAAUACACAUGGUCCAUCGCUGAGAAGAAUGAGCCACCAGUGUUUCAGUCAGCACAGGGGCGUCUGCAGACGUUCCAGGGAGAGAACUUUGUGUACCAGCUGCAGGCUCAGGACCCAGAAGGCUCCGUGGUGCUGUUCACUCUGGAGUCAGGACCCAGUGACUCCUCCCUCUCCCCCGCUGGCCUGCUCAUCUGGAAGGCUACUGACACUACUGCCUCCUCCUCCACACAGACCUUUCAGUUCACUAUCACAGACGAUUGUAGUGCUGAGACGCUUGCCUCUGUACAGGUCUCUCUGCGGCCCUGUGACUGUCUGAACGGAGCUUCCUGUGUUACAAACAUUAACCUCCCCCCUGGCAGCGGGGAGUACCUGUGUGUCUGUCCCGCUGGCUUUACAGGGGACAGGUGUGAGGAGGACAUAGACGACUGUAAACCCAACCCCUGCCGUCUGGUCAAGUGUAUAGACGGACCCAACUCUUUCUCCUGCAUCUGUCCCCCCGGAAUGACCGGUCAUACGUGUAGAGAGGAUGUGGAUGAAUGUGCCGCUGAGCCGUGCUUCCCUGGGGUGGGCUGCAACAACACACUGGGCUCAUUCACCUGUGGCUCCUGUCCAGAGGGUUACACCGGGGACGGGAAGAGUUGCAUUAAAUCGGAGCCGUCCAGUGGUAAGGGUGAUGACUAUAAGCCUAUUCAUAGAGUGACCGUGCCUGUACCCGCUGUACCCACAGGAGGUCACCAGGGUUCUGGCACGGUUAAACCAUCAAACCAGGCCCCCUGCUCCAGACAACCAUGCUACCCAGGGGUGCAGUGCUUCGAGAGCACACACGUGUCCGUAGGCUACAUCUGUGGACCCUGUCCACCUGGGCUCCUUGGCAACGGACACACCUGUAGUAGAAGCACCACAACAGGACAGAGGCCAGUUACCACCAACAGAGAAGAUGGACGUUCCCAAGUGACAGAAGACUCCAGUAGGGAAAUUACUGGCACCUCCUCCUCUUCUUCCUCCACCACCUCCUCCCAGUACAGGAGGAUAACUGAGGGGCCCUCAUCGGGUAGCAAGAGAGUCCCCUCCGUGGAGAGAAAGACACCUAUUAGCCCCCAGGACCAAACCAUUGCCAGAGUCUCUACCCCGACCAAUCACAACCGAGGUCAGAGCAGCAAGGUGGACCUGACCCCUGAUCUUAGGUGGGGGUCAUUGUCUCCCAUAGUGACCUGUGCGGACUCGCCCUGCUUCUCCGGUGUGCCCUGUGAGCCCACAGUCUCAGGCUCCUUCAAGUGUGGCCGCUGCCCAUAUGGUUACACUGGAGAUGGGUUCACCUGCAAAGCUGUGUGCCGGUAUCCAUGUGGAAGGAAUAUGGAGUGCUCUCUACCCAACACCUGCACGUGUAAAGAAGGUUAUACCGGAUAUAACUGCCAUAUAGCUGUCUGCCGACCGGACUGCAAGAACCAAGGGAAGUGUGGCAGGCCAAAUGUGUGUGUCUGUCCCGUGGGCUACAGCGGACCAACAUGUGAGGAAGCUAACUGUGAGCCAUCUUGCCAGCAUGGAGGAACCUGUCUGGUCAGGAAUCUCUGCACCUGUCACUACGGUUACGUGGGGCCAAGAUGUGAAAUCAUGGUGUGCAACAGGCACUGUGAAAACGGAGGAGAGUGUAUUUCUCCCGAUGUGUGUAAGUGCAAGUCUGGCUGGUACGGACCAACAUGUAACUCAGCUGUCUGCAAUCCAGUGUGUUUGAACGGUGGGACUUGUAUCAAACCCAACAUCUGUGCCUGUCCCGGUGGCUUCUAUGGCUCCCGAUGUCAGAUUGCUGUGUGCAGCCCUCCCUGUAAGAACGGAGGUCAGUGUAUGAGGAACAAUGUCUGCUCCUGCCCCGGGGGUUACACAGGGAAGCGGUGUCAGAAGAGUGUGUGCGACCCCAUGUGCAUGAACAAGGGGAAGUGUGUGGGGCCCAACUCCUGCUCCUGUGCCUCUGGGUGGAGGGGGAAGAAGUGUAACAUUCCCGUGUGCCUGCAGAAGUGUAAGAACGGUGGUGAGUGUGUGGGACCCAACACCUGCCACUGUCCCACAGGAUGGGAAGGCCUACAGUGUCAGUCCGCCAUCUGUAAGCAGAGAUGCCUCAACGGGGGAAGGUGUGUCCUGCCCAACUUCUGCCACUGCCGCAACGGGUACACUGGCGUCACCUGUGGGUUAAAGGCCCCGCUUGCAUAAGGGAAAUUACUGAAGAUGCAGAAGUUUUACAAAAUACACACCGCAAAGGGAGUCUUAUUAGGCAGUAUGUGAUCGUGGAGUGUGUGCCUGUGUGUGUGUGUGUGUGUGUGUGUGUGUGUGUGUGUGUGUGUGUGUGUGUGUGUGUGUGUGUGUGUGUGUGUGUGUGUGUGUGUGUGUGUGUGUGCCUGUGUGUGUGUGUGUAUGUAUGUGUGUCUUUAUACAUGAACAGGGGGACUGGAUAUAUUGCACGUAUCUAAUUGUCCCUGUGUUGUUACUACCUCAAUGCUCAAGGGAGCACAUUGAUGUAAUGCCCUUGCAUAAGAAAUGCAUAACAUAUUCAUAAACAAUGCAUAAUACUGUCUUAAACACUGCAUAUUCAUUCAGAAAUGUUUGUGCCAAUCGUGUUGAUGUCUCAAAAGCUACGUUUACACAGGCAGCCCAAGUCUGAUCUUUUUCCACUAAUUGAUCUUUUGACCAAUCAGAUCUGCUCUUUUGACAGUAAUUGGGCAAAAGAUCAGAAAUGUUCUGCCUGUAAAACACAGCCAAAAUAUGUAAUCUAACAUAGACAUUAAUUCAUGUAUUUUAAUGCAUAAAAAUGUGUUUUAUAAUCCUUAUCCUAGGCUUUUAUACAAAAGCGUUACUGCACACAGUAUUAUGUUGGAGUAAGAGAAGAGAAUCAGAUGAAAAACUAGUUGAUGGUUUAUUGAAGAACAAUCUGGCUUUAUAUGAUAUUAAUACCCACUUUUCUAUUUGUUUUGUUCCUUGUUAUUGAUUUGACCUAAGAUUUUUCCACUCUGGUUUAUUGUGGUACUGAAAGUGUUGUUGUUUGGCCUAAACUAUUGUGCACUGUUGUUUCAUACUUAAUAUGUAUGGAGAAAUAAUAAUAUUCUUUUUACGUCACACCUGCCUUGGAAAUGUUAUUAGCUUGUUUGAUUUUUGUGACUGUUGACGAGAUCUGAUGUAAGUAUCAAUUCAGAUAUACUUGAUCACUUUUGUACAUUAUACUGUACAUAGGUCAAAACAUUUGUUAUUUUAACAUUUACACCACGUUGUUGUAAAUCACACAUAUGGAAAGAAAAUAAAAAGCUAUUGUGUAACUUGAUUUAAGUAACACGUUGAAUGGUUGAAAUACAAUACGGUAAGAGAUGGACGAACACUUUUGUAACAGUUUAGUUAUACUAUUAAUUGGCUACAGUAUAUUGUUAGUAAAAGCAGUUUGCUAAGUGUUGUUUUACUGUAAAUCAUCUGACUGCAUGAUAACAAAAUAACAAUAAACCUUUUAUCCACA